GACCGGGCCUGCCGUGCGGCUGCCGUCGGCUAUGGCGAGCGCGGCCCGGGGGUCGGGCCCAUGGCCCCCGCUCCGGCUCCGGCUCGGGCUCCGGCUCCGGCUCGUGGUCCAGCUCGCGGCGCUGCUCGGGACGCUCGCGCCACAGGUCCAGACCCUCAGACCAGAAAGCCUCCUGCUCGUGUCCACCCUGGAUGGAAGUCUCCACGCACUGAGCAAGCAGACGGGGGACUUGAAAUGGACACUGAAGGAUGAUCCCAUCAUCCAAGGGCCAAUGUACGUCACGGAGACAGCCUUUCUCUCAGACCCAGCUGAUGGCAGCCUGUACAUCUUGGGGACCCAGAAACAACAGGGAUUAAUGAAACUGCCCUUCACCAUCCCGGAGCUGGUUCAUGCCUCCCCAUGCCGCAGCUCCGAUGGGGUCUUCUACACAGGCCGGAAGCAGGAUGCCUGGUUUGUGGUGGACCCUGAGUCAGGGGAGACACAGAUGACACUGACCACAGAGAGUCCCUCUACCCCCCUCCUCUACAUCGGCCGAACACAGUACACAGUCACCAUGCAUGACCCCAGGGCCCCUGCCCUACGCUGGAACACCACUUACCGCCGCUACUCAGCACCACCCAUGGAUGGCUCGCCUGGGAAGUACAUGAGCCACCUGGCAUCCUGUGGGAUGGGCCUGCUGCUAACUGUGGACCCAGGAAGUGGGGCGGUGCUGUGGACACAGGACUUGGGCGUGCCUGUGAUGGGCAUCUACACCUGGCACCAGGACAGCCUGCGCCAGCUACCCCAUCUCACACUGGCUCGGGACACCCUGCACUUCCUCGCCCUCCGCUGGGGCCACAUCCGGCUGCCUGCCUCGGGUCCCCAAGACACAGCUACCCAUUUCUCUGCCUUGGACAUCCAGUUGCUGAUGACGCUGUAUGUAGGGAAGGAUGAAGCUGGCUUCUAUGUUUCCAAAGCACUGGUUCACACAGGGGUGGCCCUAGUGCCUCGUGGACUGACCCUGGCCCCCGUGGAUGGCCCCAUCACAGAGGAGGUGACACUCCAAGUCUCAGGAGAGCGAGAGGGCUCACCUAGCACUGCUGUCAGAUACCCCUCAGGGAGUGUGGCCCUCCCUAGCCAGUGGCUGCUCAUUGGACACCAUGAGCCACCCCCAGUCCUGCAUACUACCAUGCUGAGAAUCCAUCCAGCCCCAGGGAGUGGAACUGCUGAGGCCAGACCCUCAGAGAGCACUCAGGCUCCAGCCUUCUUCUUGGAGCUCCUGAGCCUGAGCCGAGAGGAACCUUGGGACCUGGAGUUGCAUCCUGAAGAGAAAACCGCAGACUUGCAUCCAGGGCUGGGACCCCAAGACCUGCUGGCAGCUAGCCUCACUGCUGUCCUCCUGGGCGGGUGGAUUCUCUUCCUGAUGAGGCAGCCCUCUUAGGCCCUCAUAUUUCAGCAGCAGCAGGAUCCGCCGGCACCUGCAAGCCCUUCUCACGUCUCACAGGAUGCCCAGUGCCAGCUCUUGGGCGCCACCUCACGGGACCUCCAGAGCCCCUCAGAGCAAGCCCAGCCACUUGAAGACCCUGAAGCUGAGAAGCUCACCGUGGUGGGGAAGAUUUCCUUCAACCCCAAGGACGUGCUGGGCCGUGGGGCAGGCGGGACUUUUGUUUUCCGGGGCCAGUUUGAGGGGCGGGCAGUGGCUGUCAAGCGGCUCCUCCGUGAAUGCUUCGGCCUGGUCCGGCGAGAGGUCCAGCUGCUGCAGGAGUCGGACAGGCACCCCAAUGUGCUCCGCUACUUCUGCACUGAGCGGGGACCCCAGUUCCACUACAUUGCCCUGGAGCUCUGCCGGGCCUCGCUGCAGGAGUACGUGGAAACCCCAGAGCUGGACCGCUGGGGCCUGGAGCCUGAGACGGUGCUGCAGCAGCUGAUGUCUGGCCUGGCCCACCUGCAUUCCUUACACAUAGUGCACCGGGACCUGAAGCCGGGCAACGUUCUCAUCGCGGGGCCCGACAGCCUGGGCCGAGGCAGGGUGGUCCUCUCAGACUUUGGCCUCUGCAAGAAGCUGCCUGCAGGCCGCCACAGCUUCAGCCUCCGCUCCGGCAUCCCGGGCACGGAAGGCUGGAUGGCGCCCGAACUCCUACAGCUCCGGCCCCCAGACAGCCCUACCAGCGCAGUGGACAUCUUCUCUGCAGGCUGCGUGUUCUACUACGUGCUUUCCGGUGGCGGCCACCCCUUCGGAGAGAGUCUUUAUCGCCAGGCAAACAUCCUUGCAGGGGCUCCCUGUCUGGCUCACCUGGAGGAAGAGGCCCAUGACACGGUCGUCGCCCGGGACCUGGUUGAGGCCAUGCUGAGCCCGCUCCCGCAGGCACGCCCCUCUGCUCGCCAGGUGCAGGCCCACCCCUUCUUCUGGAGCCGAGCCAAGCAGCUCCAGUUCUUCCAGGACGUCAGCGACUGGCUGGAGAAGGAGUCUGAACAGGGGGCCCUGGUGAUGGCACUGGAGGCAGGAGGCUGCGAGGUGGUCCAGGGCAACUGGCACAAGCACAUCUCGGUGCCGCUGCAGACAGAUCUGAGAAGGUUCCGGACGUACAAGGGGACGUCAGUGCGAGACCUGCUCCGCGCUAUGAGGAACAAGAAACACCACUACAGGGAGCUCCCGGUCGAGGUGCAGCAGGCACUCGGCCACGUGCCAGACAGCUUCGUCCAGUACUUCACCAGCCGCUUCCCACGGCUGCUCCUCCACACCCACCACGCCAUGAGGAGCUGCGCCUCCGAAAGCCUCUUUCUGCCCUACUAUCCGACGGCCUUGGACGCCAGGGAGCCGUGCCCAGGGUCUGCUGGGAGCUGAGGCCGGCCAGACAAGCAGUUGGGCCUGUGGCUGAGCCCGGCCUCAGGGUCAGAAAAGACUAGCCGAGGCUCGGCAGCCUGGGGAUACUGGAGCAAACCUGUGCCCAGAGCCCACGCCAGGCACCC